UUUGUGACUGUUUCAAACAUCAUCUGACAAUAAGAAGCCCUGACAGCACUCUCCAUCACCGUUCCCAAUUUCUACAGAGCAUGAGCCUUGAGAGCCCCAAAAUCCGGAUAGAGUCUAAUCGAACUGAGCCGUUGCAUCGUUAUUUCCUGAAGCCAGCCUCACACUUGAGAAGAUGGGUUCUUGGCAUGGAAGGGAUGAUAGCUUGAGUUGAGAGUUGCGCCAAACAACAAUUCAUCCUGACAUGCACUACGUGUUGCGAACCCCCCCUGCUUGGUCUCUGGAUCAGACAACUCCCCGAUCCGCAAAAAGAGAAGGACAUGGCGACAAUCUCUUGAUUAGGUGUGGUGCAAACCUUGUCAGCCCGUCCGGAAGUCAAGUCGGAAGUCAAGUGCUGGUAAAAUAGAUUCACGAGUCCUGGAUCGAAGACGCUGGAAAUGGUGGUUCCUGGCCCCCCCCGAGAAGCUUCGCCGCACGGUCCAGCAGGUUCUAGCCAGGGAAUCUCGGUCACGUAUGUAGGACGUCAUCGGGGCGCUAGAAAGCCAGAAGAGUCCCGAACUUGGCGCCCGCGAUUCCCGUGGGCGGCGGCAGCGGGAUAUCAAGGGAGUUAGUUAACUGGACGAGCAGCGCGUUUCUAAAGUGAGAAAAUAUGUGAAACUAAUUGUCUUUUACUUCAUACCUACUCAGACAGUGCCCUAGACAAAACAACAACGACUGCAGACCAUCCAUCACAGAGUCCACUCUUCCUUCAGUCUCCCCCGUCUACAUAUCUCAUCCAUCCAUCCAUCCAUCCAUCCACCUCACCAACAUGUCUCGCGAUUCCUUGGCCGCCUUCCGCAAGUCGCCGUCUUCGGACGACCUGGCCGCCAUCGCCGAGAAACACCUCGAACACGACCUUCGUGACUCGGACCGUGACCUGCUCAAGACCGCCGCCAGCAGGGUCGGCACGCAUGCGACGAUCGGCUCCGUCGUCGGCCUGGGACUCGGGUUCUUCCUCGCUUUCCGGCUGAGACGGGCCCGCGCCGACAUGUUCGCCGCGUUCCGGGCCACCGAGAAGCCGACACACGUUCAGUUUGCCAGCGGAAGAACAGAACCCAUCCCUGACUUGACGGACAAGAUGGCGCCGACGAGGCUCGGCGACGUCGCGGCGUACUCGCUGCUCGGGCUCGGCAGCCUCUUCCUGGGCGGUGAGCUCGGCUUCUUCUCCGGGACGGCGUCGGCGGCCCGGACCAUCAGCAAGGACCCCGAGAGCCGCGCCAGGAUCGAGACGGCGUUUCGGAAGUUCAGGGCCGAGGCGCUGAGGAAGGAGGCGGACAGGCUGGACGGGGGCGAGAAGAUCCUCGACAAGAUCUUCUGAGUGAGCACGCGAAGGACGCCGCAGGAAGUUGUACCAAAAUCGUAAUGUUUACACGGGGAAGUUGGAUAUCUCGUUUCAUACAUGUCAUGUACUCGGCACUCUUAGUUCUGUUUGGCUUAUCAACAGCUACUAUGUAAAGACUCGAAACCUCAUCCGAGACCACGUUACUGUUUCUUAUUUUGCUGUCGAUCGAGUUGACAAAACUCCCGCUACACACCCAACCACUUUCUUUCGCGCCACCAAGCCUUUCCACCCGAACCCCU